AUGAGCACGACCACGAGCACAAGCGCAAGCGUGGAUGCGGGCAUGCGAGAUGCGAGUGUUGGUAUCGUGACACGGGGUUGCAAUUACGACACUUAUGCAUACGAGGGAGUAGGCACAAGGAGCAGUCGGGGGCGACAUCCAUGGGCGCGCGAGAGUGUCCUUGCUCGAGACACGGGUGCACACACCGGCAACCUGGGUCGAGACGCUGGCACACAUGGGGGCGGACAAGCUCGAGGCAUUGGCGCACAUGGGAGCGGCCAAGAGCGUCCACAGAGCAGGCCAUGCGCGCGGCGGAAGAAGUGUCGACACGUGAGAAAUACACGUGGCUAUGGUGUCGACACCUUUGCAGCGGAUUGGAGCGGUCCAAAACUCUCUAGAAGCUGCUGGGCGCGCGAGAACAGUACCAGACAAGGGGAAACCGUAACCAUGGCGAGCAAAGGCAUGACGGCAAGCGACAUUCUGGAGGAGAAACAAGGUCGCGUGGGGACGCAAGACGGAAGAGAAGGUCGAGGGCGGUGUCACCAGCAUCAAUGGACAUCGAGACAGCCUUUGAGGGAAGGUUGGCCAAGAGGGAAUUGGCUAUGGGGGACGUCCAUGAGCAACUUGACACUCGACUCCGAGGAGGAUGGGGGUGGCACAGUUGAGCCACUUGAAGGUAAGCUUCAAGGUGCCUUCAACUCCUUCAUUGCUAACGUGAACAGGGCUGUGGAAGAGCUUCAAGGGUCCUUUGUAAGCAACGGUGAGCGACACAAGCCACAUAGAACCUCCAAUCCAUGUGGGGGCAUGGAAACCACGGGGGAUGACGACUAUGAACGACCCAAGAGGAAGCAGGGGUGCUUCUUGUGUGGAGGGCCACACUGGACAAGGGAGUGUCCACGGAGGGAUGCACUCAAUGCCAUCAUCAGGGUUGGUGUGGAGUCCAGCCACACGAGGGAGGUCAGCCACAUGGUGAAGUUUGAGCCUGGGGAGGCAGAGAACAUGGCACAGAUCUCACACAAUUUGCGCACAGACUUGUGGCAACUUGUAGGAGGGAUCGAGGCACUCGACGCGAGGUGCCUUGACGAGGGCGUCAAGGGCUUUGGUGGGGGAGAGUGUCACGGCAUGCGAGUUUGGGGGCCGAAGUCAUGGGCAUCAUGGCACGGAGCUACGACCACAGGCACACGAGUUGCGCAAGGUGGAAUGGUCAAGACGCAGCGGGCCUUGCCAGUGAAGGCGUCAAUACCGAGGUCGUGGCGUAAGGUUGCGGACAAGACACGUGGGAGCAUGCAGAAGCAAUCGAUGGCGACAUGCAUGGGCACGCGAGUGUCCUCGCUCGAGACACGGGUGCACACACGAGCAACCUGGGUCAAGACACUGGCACGCAUGGGGGCGGACAGGCUUGAGGCACUGGCGUACACGGGAGUGGCCAAGAGCGUCCACAGAGUGGGCCAUGCGCGCAGCGGAAGAAGUGUCGACACGCGAAAAAUACACGUGGCUAUGGUGUCGACACCUUUGCAGCGGACGGGAGCAGUCCAGAACUCUCCAGAAGCUGCAGGGUGCGCGAGAACAAUACCAGACAAGGGUCUGGAUGGGUUUGUUGGGCCAAGCCCGACCUGAGAUCUUCCUAGGGCCUUGUACAUAAUUCUAGGAUGGGUUGUUCUAGAAUAAUGUAGGCUUAGAAGGAAAAGUGGAGAAUGUUCUGGAACAGUACAUAUGAGGGGAAAUCUGUGGAGUGUUCUAGAGCCCUUAUCUGCAGAGGGGCUUGGGCCUGAUCUCUUCUAUAAAUAAGGGUGGCCUAAGUAGAAGAGAUAGAGAUAGAGAGUGAGCUGCUAGGUGAGUAAGUGCAAAGAGGGUUUGUACUCAUCCUCUUGUACACUUCCUUGCAAUCUUAAUAAAUUCUUUUCUUUUCU